AUGGAGUCGGUAUCUCCACAGUGUCGCGAUCUCGUGCUCCCUCAUUAUGUGGACUUCAACUUCAUUCUGUCCCUUCUAAUCCUAGUCGGAAUCCUGGUAUCAUACCUCCCCCAACACAUCCGCAUUAUCCAGCUCCGGAGCUCCUUCGGUAUAUCGCCCUACUUUGUCCUACUCGGAACGACGUCGGGAACAUCGGCAUUCGCGAACAUAUUGGUUCUCCCGCGAAGCGCUCGUGAUAUGGCAUGCUGUCGAGAAAUAUCGGGCAUUUCGUGCUUUGCAGGACUGUUGGGCAUAUUCCAGGUUGGAGUGCAGUUCUCGUCCUUUUUUGUGAUUCUCAUUCUGUUCAUAAUUUUUUUUCCUCGAGCAACUCUAACGAACCCAUCGACGGAAAACGAGCCCGACAACAACAACGACAAUAAUGACGCCGUCAAGCAAGCGAGCUAUCGCACUGCCGUUCUCGUGGUUAUCGCCUGCAUUGCGCACGCGGCAAUAGUCUUGAUCGUAUCGCUCGUCGUAGCGAUUAAAGCACCCAGUCAUCUACAAGCAUGGGCCAACUUUUUGGGAAUCAUGUCCGCCGUUCUCGCAUCUAUCCAAUACUUUCCGCAAAUAUGGACAACGUUUCGGCUGCAGAAAGUCGGAAGUCUGAGCAUACCAAUGAUGUGUAUCCAGACGCCUGGUAGUUUGGUCUGGGCUGCGAGCUUGGCGCAAAGGUUAGGCGUCGAAGGCUGGAGUGCAUGGGGCGUGUAUGUUCUGACGGCUAUCUUGCAAGGAACGCUUCUGGUCAUGGGCAUCUACUUUGAAUAUUUGGGACCUAAGAAGGAUGUCAUUGAUCACCCAUUCGUUUCUGACGCGCAAUCUGGAACCGAAGGAGAACAACAGCAAGAUGAAGACCAGCAGGCGACGGAGAAUACUCCUUUAUUAGCAGAACCGCGCUGA